AUGGGAUCAAGAAAAUGUGCUCUGAUGAGUCUUCUCCUUCUUUCUUGCAUAGGUUUGAGCUCUGCUCACAUAGUCAUCCGGAAUGCCAAAGCUGGUCAGAACCAUCAAGAUCCUCUCACCCAAAAUGAAAAUGGAGGAACAUGGUUUUGGGGAGCUGGUGCCGAUUCAGGGUCUGGCUCUCGUAGUGGCUUUCGCAUGGGUAGUGGUUUUGGUGGAGAUAGAACUGGUUCUGGCGACUCUAGCGGUGAUUUCAAGGCAGGUAAGACUGAAAGUGCCGGCGGAAGUGGAAUCUUUGGCAGCUCAGAUGGACUAGGUGUGGCUAGCGAGCACGGUUUUGGAAUGGAUUCUGAGGGUGUCUCCAGCGACCAUAGCAGCAGCGAUGCUGGAAUGGGAAGUGAGAUUCCUGCCAUGAAAGCUAGUUAUGGAUUUGGAAGUGGUAGUAGGACUGGUGGUAGUGGGUUUGGGUAUGGGUCUGGAAGUGGCAGUGGCUUUGGCUCAGCUUCUGGCGAAGGAAUUGGGUAUGGUUUAGGUGGCGGUAGUGGUGCAUCAGGUUAUCCACCAGGAUGGCAAAUGGUGUGGCCUGGUCUUGUACCUGUAGGUGGAGGUGUGCAAGGACAAGGAGCACCAGUUCCUGGAACUGGUGUCGGGUCUGGCUCGGGAGGUGGAAAUGGUGGAGUACAUGGGUCUCACUCCCAGGUCAGUGGAGGUGGUGGCCGUGUUCCAGGUAGAUAUGGACAGGUUCCGAGUUAUGAAGCAGGAGGUGGACUGGGAUCUGGCAAUGCUGGAGGUAAUGGCCACGGUUGGGGAGGUGUUCAUGGCUCUGGCUCGGGGUCAGGCUCAAGUGGUGGUGUCCAUUACGGUUUUCCCCUCGGUAUGCCACCACCAGUGAUGGGAGGUCCAUUGCCACCAUUUUGGGGAUUCACUUCCCAUCAAAAUGCAGGAGCAGAAGCAGGAGCACAUCAUCAGACGGGCCACACCGAAGGAUCAGAAGGCGAUGCUGCUAUGGAGGGAGCUCUCUCAAGUAUUGGACAUUAUGAACACAAGACAGAUGGUUCCGAUGGACAUUUUGAUAGUGCUAGUGGGCCUGCGGCUGCCCAAGGUGUUUAG